AUAUUCUCUUGCACUCUGCCUCCAGACUCAUCAGAGCCCUGUGCCCUGCUCCAGAAACCUCUGGGGGAAAAGGGGAAAGAGAGUGAGCAAAGGAUACUGGCAAAAGGGAAGCACCAUGGCUGAGGCUACUAACAUGAGGCUACGGCUGCCGCUGUUAUGCAUCAUCUUGGAAGUCAUCCUCAUCAUCCUCUUUGGAACGCUGGUGGAGUAUAACGUAGACACUGAUGCCAAGCUGUGGAAUGCAAACAAAAACCAAAGUGCUACUAGACAUGAUUAUGAGAAUGAGUUCUACUAUCGUUAUCCUAGUUUCCAGGAUGUGCAUGUCAUGAUCUUCGUGGGCUUCGGAUUCUUAAUGACGUUUCUGCAGCGUUAUGGGUUCAGUAGUGUCGGAUUUAACUUCCUCAUCGCAGCCUUUUCCCUACAGUGGGCCACACUUAUGCAGGGCUUUUUCCACGGCAUGCACCAUGGCAAGAUCCACGUUGGCGUGACUAGCAUGAUAAAUGCAGACUUCUGCACGGGUUCUGUGCUGAUCUCUUUUGGCGCUGUUUUGGGGAAGACCAGUCCUGUGCAGCUACUUGUAAUGGCCAUUUUUGAGGUGACAUUGUUCGCCGUCAACGAGUUCAUCCUGCUUACUAUCCUUGGGGCCAAUGAUGCUGGCGGAUCCAUGACCAUUCAUACAUUUGGUGCAUACUUCGGCCUAGUGGUGACCCGUGUCCUGUACAGGCCAAACCUGGACAAGAGCAAACACAGAAACUCUUCUGUCUACCACUCUGAUCUCUUUGCUAUGAUCGGUACCAUCUAUCUGUGGAUGUUCUGGCCCAGCUUCAACUCCGCCAUUACAAAUUAUGGGGACCCCCAGCACAGAACCGCCAUGAACACUUACUACUCUCUGGCCUCCUGCACACUGGCUACAUUUGCUUUCUCUGCCCUAGUCAACCCAGAAGGCAAAUUGGACAUGGUGCACAUUCAGAAUGCCGCACUGGCUGGUGGUGUUGCUGUGGGAACAGCUGGAGAGAUGAUGCUGACUCCUUUUGGCUCUAUGAUUGUGGGAUUCCUAGCUGGAACUAUUUCAGUACUGGGAUACAAAUACCUCACGCCCGUUUUGGAAUCAAAAUUGAAGAUCCAGGACACUUGUGGCAUUCAUAACCUGCAUGGAAUGCCAGGGGUUCUGGGAGCUGUGGUGGGUGCCGUCACCUCUGCCCUGGCAUCUCCAGCCGUAUAUGGAAAUGGAUUGCAAAGAGUUUUCGCUGAUGGUGAACCUGGGGAAUGGAACGCUCAAUCUAGGGGUGGAUUUCAGGCUAUUUCUCUGGUUGUCACACUAGGAAUGGCUCUGAUUGGUGGUCUAGUUACAGGGUUCAUUCUGAAGCUGCCCAUCUACGGUGCUCCUCCUGAUACUCACUGCUUUGAGGAUGGACUCUACUGGGAGGUACCAGGGGAGGAGGAAGGUCAUCAUGAGCUUAACGAAGUGGCCACGCCAAACGAAACGGAAAAACUCAACAGCUAAAUUACCUGUUUGCAUUUGUUCAUUACUACAUAAACCUGCACAAGUCCUGUCACCUGUGAUGUUCGCCGCAAGUGCCAUUUAUUUUACUUACACUCUUGAAAUAAAAUGGUAAACUUUGUUACAUUAUUGUUAAUAUCAUUAUAUGUUAUUAUAUAAAAUGAUUUGCCCAGUUUACCUGAGGAAUAUUUAGAAUGUACAACCGAGUCAACAAAUCUGUGAUUCCUUAUAACACCACUAGGUGGUGAUGCAGAGCUGUCAGUGGUUCAGAGGACUAGAUUAUACUCAUGAUUAGCUUCUAGAAAUAUUUGUAAUUUAACUGCAAAAUACAGUUUAUGCUUUCCUUUUAUUUUGAAUAUUUUUGCAAGAACAAUGAGUAUCUGUUGUGGGAUAUAUGGGAAAAUAUUUUGUAUUCAUUUGGUAGGCUAUAUAUUUUUAAUUUCCUAAAAUUUAAUAUGAAAUGUAUUAAUCCUAAACAGUUGGAAUUUAAUGCCUACAACAUAAAACUCUCGGUGAUUUAGAGAUUUUCUAAAAGGUUUCCUAGGAGCACACAUUCUAUCUGAGAUUUUUAUAUGGAUUAUUUGUUUCACAGAUUAAAUAGGCUACAUAAAAGUUUAUAAAUGCUGUGAAUAUGGGACAUUGAUGAACAUAUUUUAAUAACUACUAAAAUUGGAGGAAAAAAAUAUCUGGAUUGAUUUAAGAUUUUAAAUGUAUAUAGUUAUAUGUUUAUCUGUUUUAAGGAAAGAAAAAAAAUUCUUUACAAGGAUUAUUUCUACCCCGCAUAACCUGGGUUUGUAUGGAGUGACAUUUAAAUAAAUUGUUAAGAUUUA